AACGUACUGUCUGCUCUGCCUGCAGCUCCUCCUCUGUGCGGGGCGGGACGGAACUUGUCAUCCCAGCCGCUGCCGCCGUGUAGGUGUGUAGCGCUGCUCAGUCGCCUGCUGGAGGCGGAGGGAGAGAGACAGCAGCGGGAGCUCGGUCACCCCAGGGAGCAGGAAGCUCUGUUGUUGUCCUGUGAGGACGGGUCGCAGCAGCCCGGUCCCCAUACAGUGUGUGCGCCCAGGCUCUCUGUCUGACACUGGCCUGCGCUGCUGCUGAGCUCGGAGCCAUGCACUGUGUGUGCGCGCUAUACGCAGGCGGUGCAAUGUAGAGCACAAGACGUACAUUCUUGGAAUCAGGAGUUGCUGUCUGAAAUCUUGUUACUUGAAAAGAGCCAUGGUUGGGGAAAGCAGUGCAUACUGUGAGGAGUGAAAAGAUUCCUGCAGAUUCUUGUUAAUGCUGUUGGAAGACAAACCUGUCUCUGUUUGAAUUUAGCAUUUUUGUUGACAGUUAAAGAGAUGAAAGAUUCAAGGAGGGAUAUGAACUAUUGUAGUCUCAAAAGCUCAAAUCGGAUGUGUUUUUCAUUCUGGAUUGUUGCUGCUGCUGCUUCCUCCAAUGUGUAAUGACAGUGCUUCAUCAGUCGUUAAGGAAGGGAGAGGAUUAUGGUAUAACAGGAAACAACCUAAAUAGAUUUAUUUUUUCUUCUUCAACAAGUCUCAAGAGAAAGUUGGUUUUGCCACAGCUUCACGUUAUUUUGCUGCUACAAAUAAGCUAUUGUUUUCUUUUGCCUCUAGUCUGGAUUCGGAAAUGGUCCAUCUUGUUUUAAUUUUCUAAAAUCAGAAAUUAUCUUCCCUCAUUAUUUGCUGAGAACAACAAGGACUUGCCUAAUGUUCUUAAACAGGAAUUCCAGUAGUAUGCCUCCAGUGCUAUCAUUUUUAGUUCUAUAGAUAUAUAACAAAACUGUGGUGAUGGUGAAGGUACAUUGGAAACAGUGUGGUGUCUGUCGGGACCUCUGGGGAACAGUGAGAGUCCACUGGGCACCGUGGAAAAGAAGCUGGGGGUAUUUGUUGCAGCUCAUAUGAGUGCCACAGCAAGUAAGCAUUCUCAGCAAAACCAAAGGAAUAAACUUGGGUGUACACUACACUGUAUAGCUCAUAAACUUGGCUUCUUUCCCCCUUAACCGUAUAUGUAUUUUGUACUUCUUCGCAUGGUAAAGAAAAUCUCUGAAUAACAUACUGGUUCACAGUAUAAAAGGGACCUUCUUUCUUAAAGGCCCUACAUUUUGUUAAUUUAAAACACAGGAAAAAAAGCAAGAUCUAUGAAGUCAUACUGAUAUUUUGUUUACUUAUGUAUAUGAUCUAGCAGCUUGAAUUUUGUUCCUAAGUUGAGCUACUACUCAAUUGUGGCUUGCCUUUCAUAGGCUUGAUUGCCUUUAUUUUUUUUUUUUCAACUGCCUGGAUCUUAGUUAACGGAUUGUUUUGCAGCUAUAUAUAUAUAUAUAUAUUAUUUUUAUUUUUAUUGAUGACUCCAGGAGGUGGGCCCAUGAAAGAGUGUGGAUACAGUGAAAUUAACACUCGCGGAACCUCCCCCAUGGAGUCUCCUAACAAAAAGAAGAAAACUGUUGUAAAGCGAAAAUGGGAGGUUUUUCCGGGAAGGAACAAGUUCUACUGCAAUGGCAGGAUUAUGAUGGCCAGGCAAACUGGAGUAUUCUAUCUCACACUGAUCUUAAUCCUUGUCACAAGUGGACUCUUCUUUGCCUUUGAUUGUCCUUAUUUGGCAGGAAAGAUUACUCCUGCAAUUCCUGUGAUAGGUGGAAUCCUUGUGUUCUUUGUGAUGGGGACCUUACUGAGAACUAGCUUUAGUGAUCCGGGUGUUCUCCCUCGUGCCACUUCUGAUGAGGCAGCAGAUCUGGAAAGACAAAUAGAUGUUGCCAAUGGGUCCACCUCGGGUGGAUAUCGACCUCCUCCCCGAACUAAAGAAGUAGUCAUAAAUGGACAAACGGUUAAACUGAAAUAUUGUUUUACCUGCAAAAUCUUCCGCCCGCCUCGUGCCUCACACUGCAGUUUGUGUGAUAACUGUGUAGAGCGCUUUGAUCACCACUGUCCCUGGGUGGGAAACUGCGUGGGGAAGAGAAACUACAGAUUUUUUUAUAUGUUCAUUUUAUCGCUGUCCUUUCUGACAGUGUUUAUAUUUGCAUUCGUUAUCACACACAUAAUACUUCGCUCUCAACAAACAGGAUUUCUCAAUGCCUUAAAGGACAGUCCAGCAAGUGUUUUGGAAGCUGUGGUGUGUUUCUUCUCUGUCUGGUCAAUUGUUGGCCUGUCAGGUUUCCAUACAUAUUUGAUCAGUUCAAAUCAAACUACCAAUGAAGAUAUUAAAGGUUCCUGGUCAAGUAAAAGAGGGAAAGAAAACUAUAAUCCAUAUAGCUAUGGCAAUAUUAUCACUAACUGCUGCGCUGCACUUUGUGGACCAGUGAAUCCAAGCUUAAUUAACCGCAGAGGAAUUGUACAAGCUGAUAUGGCACAGUCAGUCGCACCAUCUAAUGGAUUGACUAUGUAUGGUUCUACUCAAUCCCAGAGCAAUAUGUGUGACCAAGACCAGUGCAUUCAGAGCACCAAAUUCGUUUUGCAGGCUGCAGCCACACCGCUUCUACAGACAGAGACCACGGUAACUACUGAGGAGCCACCGUUGCCUGGAAAGACAACCAUAAGUGCACCAUGUGCCUCUUUGACACUUGGGCAGCCAACACCACCAUCUUCAAUGCCAAAUCUUAACUCUGAAACGGUUUUAACAGACAUCAUACCCUUAAAAGAAGACAUUGGAAACCAUCAAUUUCUAACACCAGAUGAAGCACCAUCACCACAGGGAAUGUUGCCUACAAACAGCGUUGUGACUCAUAGCCAUACCAUGCAUGUUCUGAACCUUGUCAGCCAAGACUCUCUGCAUGAAGAUUCGGUGCGUGGUCUUGUAAAGCUCAGUUCUGUGUGACUACCUGUGACACUUCAUCAUUUUCAACGCACAUCUGUCAAACCCUGUGAUAAGCUUGCACUGUGUGAUGAUAAAUGCCUGUUGUACAGUGACAAUAAUUUCCACUUGGCAAACAUUUAUUUGAAGGCAGUAACAUUUGUUACACAGUUAAUUACGUUGGUUUUGUAGUGGAAUUUAUAUUUUGUUAUUGCUUAAGACUGCCUCCUUCAGACAGAUCUGUAUUUUCAAAAGUUGGAUUGGGAAAAAUUGCUGGAAUAUAACCUGUGAAUCAAUUGGAGAUGUAUAAACAAAGCAGGAUAUAUGGUAUAUUCUGGAUGCAGUUUCCUGAUGUUACCGUGCUCACCUUUUGAACGUUUGAAACCUGCCUUUGUCAAAUGCCAUUGAAACUUAGGAAGAUAGUUCCGAUUUUUGCAAAUCAUCGAGCCAUGCUUUUGUGUUACGUGCUGAACAAGUACAAACCUACACUGUGUUGUGAAAUUACACAAUUCAUUUGGGAGAUUACCAAAUUGUGCCCCUUUUCUUCAGGACGUUGUGCUAGAGAUUUAUGUUGGUGUAUGGAAAUACAUGCUGCUUUCUGGGGGGAUUUAUUUUUUUGUCAUUUUAAGUUAUGGUUAAAUAAUGAGCACCAAGAAAACAAGGAACACCUUUUGUUACUAUGUAUCUAGUAUUUUAUUGGUUUGGUCGACUGCACCAAAAUCAAGAAGGGCUGAUGUUGCUGAAUGAGGAUGCAUUGAGUUUAGUCACUUGUUGUAAGUGUUUAGAUAUGGUAUAAUUUAAUGCCAUUUCACUUUCUUCCCGAACAUGUGCUGAAACAUCAAAUAAAGUUUCACGUUUUUUUUCUUACUA